AUGGCUCAUCAAAGUUCUCAACCCCAGGAACCUCCUCAGCUACACAGCCAGCCUGGCAUUCUACGUUUGACACAACCACUUCGCAUCCGCAUCUACUAUUUCCUUGGCCUUCACGGCCCCACAGAGCGAUCGGUCGAUCUAAACGGCCACAAACACGUCGGACCUCAUCCAUCUGGAGUUCAUGGUCUGCUUCUUUCAUGUCGUAUUCUAUAUGAGGAAGCCUCGAACCUCCUGUACAGAACGCAUCGAUUUCACAUUCGAUACAGCGACCAGCAGUCACUCCAACCUCUGAGAAACCUGAGGACAUCAUCGCUUGCCGCGCUGUCUCACCUCCAAGUUAUACUUUCUGGGACCUCAUGUCACGAAAGCGAGGGCUGGGAAUGUUACCGUCAUUGUUGCAACAGAGAUCCCCAAUUCUGCGGAAUGGACGCUCAGCAUGACACGCCUGCUGCCGGUGAUCCUGAUCCGAGACUUGCCGAUUGGGAUCUAAUAGCUUCACAUCUGGCUUCGGGCAUUCGUCCAGGCAUCCUCGAGCUAGCCAUAAUCUGCGACUUCGUCCCCACCGACGCUGGAAUACAAGCAGCCACGGAGAUGACAAGAUCCCUUCUACGUCUGCCGAGGCUCCGACAUUGCUCGGUUCGACUAGCACGUUAUCCACACGGUCAACUUCAACAAUUAGCCAACGACGCCGUACUGCGGGCUUGCCACGGCAUCCCACCGUCUUUGACUUCCUUGCCAUCGUCCGUUAAUCCGGUGCAGGGUCCUGCAUCCGGGUCGCCUUCGCUAUUCCUCAGCCUGCCGCGAGAACUGCGUUUCCGCAUCCUGGAGUAUUCGGACUUGAUCACCCCUUGGGCCCAGGUUACCUGGAGCCCACAGCACGGAGGCUUUUUAUCGAGCCAAACGUAUUGUGACAACUUGGAAGGCAUGGGGCUAAUUUGCCCACCAUCCCGGCAUCAUGGUUGCCAAUUCUCCAAGUGCUGGACGCGAUAUUACGGGCCUUCUCCUGGCUGCUUUUGUCGUCUCCAGCAUAGCGCCAAAUCCUCAACGGUGGCUUGCCAAUGCUGGGCGCCACCGAAAGCCCUCUUUCUUGUCUGCCGGACACUUUACAAGGAAGCUCAGGCUGUAUUUUACUCGGGGAAUCGCUUCGUCGUACACGACUGGACGUCCGAUCCUCCGUGGAAGCGCGAGAUCGACUGGGACCUUGUAGAUGGGCCCAAAGAUGAGUACCCGCAUGCUUGCUUCGGAGCCAGCAGGUUCCUGAAGGAGGUUGUCCCUGAGGACUGCCUGCAUCAUCUGCGUUUCCUAGAAUUUGUCUUCCCUCCAUAUGACUAUAAUGUUUGGCCGGGGAAAGACCACUCCGCGCUGCAAGACUGGAAGGAUACAAUCGCCUGGGCCAAGGAUAAGAUCAAUGUAGAGGGACUCACAAUUCGUUUCAUCACAAACGAGCCGAGCGACUGGGAGCAACCUCGUUCCUGGAUCGAAAUGUCAAAGCCUCAAGCCUUACAAAUCAUGAAGGCUUCCAGCAGUAUCCUGCUGACAUUGCCCGCCCUCGGUGAGCUUCGCAGGUUCUAUGCUCGGUUGGUCUCCCCUUGGAUAAUGACCGGAGGUUUUCACGAUACCCGUGUGGCCAUAUCGUAUGUGGAAAAAAGGUUGAAGGAACGCGCUGAGAGGUCUAUCAUGGGGGAACGUUAUGACGCCAUGUAUGCAAGUGGAAAAGAGCCUGAAGAGAGUGUGUGGCAUCAUCGAUACAAAAGAAAUCUUUGA